UCGAUCAUAAGUUUCUUUUUCGAGUGAUUAUUAAUAAGUUCACCAUAUAUAUAAAGCACUAAUCAUUGGUGUUUCUUAUUAAUCUCCAAUGUUUAACUCAAUGAAGCUUGUUCUACCAUUAAUGCUCUUUUGUGCCCUUGCAUUCAUGGUCAUCACUUCACUACCUCAUCAGGAGGAGGCAGAAGCUCUGUUGAAGUGGAAAGCCAGCCUUGACAACCAAAGCCAUGUCUUGCUCUCUUCAUGGACAAGAAACAGUACUACUCCAUGCAAUUGGCUGGGAAUUCGAUGUGAGUACAAAUCCAUCUCCAAGCUGAAUCUUACAAAUGCUGGACUAAGAGGUACACUUCAAAGUCUCAACUUGUCAUCACUUUCAAAACUCGACACCAUAGUUUUAAGCAGCAAUUCCUUGUAUGGAGUUAUACCUCACCACUUUGGGUUCAUGUCCAACCUGCACACUCUUGAUUUGUCCACUAACAAACUCUCUGGCACCAUUCCCAAUAGCAUUGGUAAUCUUUCCAAACUCUCUUACCUUGAUCUCAGUUACAAUGAUCUCUCUGGGAUUAUUCCAUAUGAGAUAACACAAUUGGUUGGUCUUUACACAUUGUCCAUGAGUGAUAAUGUUUUCAGUGGGCCCCUUCCACGGGAAAUAAGCAAACUAAGGAACCUGACCAUGCUUCACGUACCUCACUCCAAUCUUACAGGGACUAUCCCAAUCUCAAUCCAAAAGCUAACCAACUUGUCACAUUUAGAUGUUGGAGGAAACAACCUCUAUGGCAACAUUCCUCACAGAAUUUGGCAAAUGGACCUAAAGCAUUUGUCACUUGCAGUUAAUAGCUUCAACGGUUCCAUCCCUCAAGAAAUUGUGAGGAUGCGGAAUCUCGAGAAGCUAUAUCUUCAAGAAAGUGGCCUUUCUGGUUCCAUGCCACAAGAAUCAUGGCUGUCGAGGAACUUAAUAGAGAUUGAUAUGAGCAGUUGCAAUCUCACUGGCUCUAUCCCUAUUUCAAUAGGAAUGUUGGCCAAUAUAUCACUUCUCAAGUUACAGAACAACCAGUUAACUGGUCACAUUCCUAGAGAAAUAGGAAAGUUGGUAAAUCUCAGGUACUUAUAUUUUGGAGAUAAUAGUCUUUCUGGGUCCAUUCCUCAAGAAAUUGGAUUUCUUAAUCAAGUUGGUGAGUUUGAUUUGUCACUGAAUUAUCUCACUGGUACAAUUCCCUCUACAAUUGGAAACAUGAGUCAUUUAUAUUAUCUUUACCUUUAUUCCAACAAUCUCACUGGUAGAAUUCCUGAUGAAGUUGGAAAACUCUCUUUUAUUGCAAUCCAAUUGGUAGCAAACAACCUUUCCGGGCCGAUUCCAGCUUCCUUAGGUAACUCUGUCAAUAUAGAAUCUGUUGUUCUUGGUGAAAAUAAAUUUUCUGGCCCAAUUCCUUCCACCAUUGGAAACUGGACAAAGAUCAAAGUAUUGAUGUUAAUGCUGAAUUCACUUACCGGCAACCUUCCAAUAGAGAUGAACAAUCUUACCAAUUUGGAAAAUUUGCAAUUAGCUGACAAUAAUUUCUCUGGUCAUUUACCUGACAACAUUUGUCUCGGUGGAAAGUUGGAAAAAUUAUCUGCUAGCAAUAACCAAUUCAUAGGCCCAAUUCCAAGGAGUAUGAAGAAUUGCUCUAGCCUUAUAAGAGUGCGGCUUCAACAAAACCAAUUGACUGGAAACAUAACAAAUGCUUUUGGUGUAUAUCCAAAUUUGGUCUACAUCGAAUUGAGUGAAAACAAAUUUUAUGGCCCCCUUUCACCAAAUUGGGGAAAGUGCAAUAACCUCACAGCCCUUAAAGUCUCCAACAAUGAUUUAUCCGGUGGUAUACCACCAAAGCUUGGCGAGGCAUCAAAUUUACAUGUACUAGACUUGUCCUCAAACCAUUUGACAGGAAAAAUCCCAAAGGACCUAGGCAACUUGAAGUCUUUGUUAAAACUCUUGAUAAGUGAUAAUCAUCUUUUAGGAAAUAUUCCUACGCAGCUGACAUCAUUGCAUGACCUUGAUACCUUGGAGGUUGCAGCAAAUAAUUUGAGCGGCUUCAUCCCAACACAACUUGGAAGGUUGUCUAAACUAUUGAAUUUGAAUUUGAGUCACAAUAAGUUUGAAGGAAGUAUUCCUAUCGAAUUUGGACAGUUAAAUGUUCUUCAAAGUCUUGAUCUUAGUGUGAAUAUUUUGGCUGGAUCCAUACCACCAAUGCUUGCACAGUUGAAAAUGUUAGAAAUAUUGAAUCUGUCACGUAAUAAUCUUUCUGGAGUCAUUCCUUCCAGUUUUGGUGAGAUGUUAAGCUUAACAACGAUUGAUAUAUCAUACAACCAAUUGGAAGGCUCAAUUCCAAACAUUCCAGCCUUGCAGAAAGCUCCUUUUGAUGCACUCAGAAACAACAAAGGCUUGUGUGGUAAUGCCUCUGGCUUGGAGUUUUGCUCGACAUCAGGUAGCAAAUCUCAUGAUCAUAAGAAUAACAAAAUCUUGUUAGUAGUUUUACCCCUUACUUUGGGCACUCUAGUACUAGCACUUUUUGUUUGCGGGGUCACAUAUUAUCUCCGCCGCACUUCAAGCGCCAAAACAAAUGAGCCUGCAGAAUCACGACCACAAAAUCUAUUUUCAAUAUGGAGUUUUGAUGGGAAAAUGAUGUAUGAAAACAUAAUUGAAGCCACAAAUGAUUUUGACGACAAGCAUCUCAUUGGGGAUGGAGUGCAUGGACGUGUUUACAAAGCAGAAUUGUCCACUGAUCUAGUUGUGGCAGUGAAGAAACUUCAUUCUUUGCCAAAUGGAGAAAUGUCUAAUCAAAAAGCUUUUACAAGUGAGAUUCAAGCUUUGACAGAUAUUCGACAUCGCAACAUUGUGAAGUUAUAUGGCUUUUGUUCACAUUCACUACACUCAUUUUUAGUUUAUGAGUUCUUAGAGAAUGGCAGUGUUGAGAAGAUUCUGAACGAUGAUGGACAAGCAACUACAUUUGGUUGGAAUAGGAGGAUGAAUGUCAUUAAGGAUGUAGCUAAUGCUUUAUGCUAUAUGCAUCAUGAUUGCUCACCUCCCAUUGUUCAUCGCGACAUAUCCAGCAAGAAUGUUCUUUUGAAUUCAGAAUAUGUGGCUCAUGUCUCAGACUUUGGAACAGCUAAACUACUUGAUCCUAAUUCAUCAAAUUGGACCUCAUUUGCAGGCACUUUCGGAUAUGCUGCUCCAGAACUAGCUUACACAAUGGCAGUAAAUGAGAAAUGUGAUGUGUAUAGUUUUGGAGUAUUAGCAUUGGAAAUUCUUUUUGGAAAGCACCCUGGUGAUUUUAUAUCUUCACUCAAUGUUGUGGGAUCAACACUUGAUGUCAUGUCUUGGGUAAAAGAGUUGGACCUACGUCUCCCUCAUCCAUUAAAUCAUGUGUUUAAGGAGGUGGUAUCAUUGACAAGGAUUGUUGUUACUUGCUUAAUUGAAAGCCCACGCUCUCGCCCAACCAUGGAGCAAAUUUGUAAGGAGCUUGUAAUGUCAAACUCAUCUUCAAUGGAUCAAGCCCAAUGAUUGGGCUUGCGGAUUAUCCUUCUUCUUUGUUUAUUUUUUUUUAUGGAACCUUCUUCUUUGUUAUUUGUUCUGUAUUUGUAAACUCUUUUUUACCAGUUUGUAUUAGAUGUCAUUUUCAUGUCGGUAUGUCACACUCAUGUGGUACCAAAUUUGUACUCAAAUAACAAGUAGUUACAAUGUCAUAUUACCAAUUUUGAACAGUUAAUUUGAUAUUUGUUUAUUUA